UCCGAAGGUGCUGGAGCUUCGCUACGUUUCUAUUAUGAAGCCAGCCACUGGCUUUCAAGCUGGGGAGAAAUACGGUAAGAGGGCCAGCUUCAAGCGCCCCCUGGAUUUCAGAGGAGAACAUCUCGUAGCCAGAUCUGACAAAGCUUCCUUGCCGGGUCGGAUGGAUGCGCAGCAUAUGCGGAGGAGGGGCGAAGCCAAAGACCCUAGAUCAUCUACAACAGAUCUGAAUGUUGCUCUCAAUGAAUGCAUGGUAGCCGUGAACUUCUUUCUGAAUAACAAAUUCCAAGAUGCCCUUGCUUCUCUGCAAACUAAAAAAAAGGAUAGCAUGUAUCAUGCUUUGACUUAUGCUACCAUUUUGGAAAUUCAGGCCAUGAUGACCUUUGAUUCCAGGGACAUAUUGAAUGCUGGACAUACAAUGGAAGAAGCUCAAGUUAUAUGUCAGAAGUUUCGGAAAAAGUCUUCUAUAGCAGACUCUUUCAACAAUUUAGUGUACAAAGACAAUCUUGCUCAAUUAACUGAAGAAGAAAUCCAUGCAGAAAUUUGUUAUGCUGAAUGCUUGUUUCAGAGAGCAGCUCUUACAAUCCUCCAGGGUGAAAACAUAAUUAGCUUUGUGAAAGGCAGCAUCAAAAUAAGAAAUAGUUAUCAAACAUACAGGGUCCUGGAGAAUUUAAUACGGUCUCCCAAUUAUGUCAAAGGAGAAAAUCACCUCCAUUUUGAAGUUGGUGUAAAGUUGGGAGUUGGAGCAUUUAAUCUGACUCUAUCUAUGUUGCCAACAAGGAUCGCACGAUUACUGGAAUUUGUUGGGUUUUCUGGAAAUAAGAAAUAUGGCUUGCAGCAACUUCAAGAAGGAGCAUCAAUGUGUGGCUUUAGAUCUGUGCUAUGUACUCUGCUACUGUUGUGCUAUUAUACGUUCCUGACCUUUGUGCUAGGGACAGGUAAAGGAAAUGUUGAAGAAGCAGAGAAACUUCUCAAACCUUACCUGACUCAAUAUCCAAAAGGUGCCAUAUUCCUGUUUUUUGCAGGGAGAAUAGAAACAAUAAGAGGCAAUAUUGAUGGAGCCAUCAGAAGGUUUGAGGAAUGUUGUGAAGCCCAGCAGCUUUGGAAGCAGUUCCAUCACAUGUGCUACUGGGAACUGAUGUGGUGCUUCACAUAUAAACGCCAGUGGAAGAUGGCAUAUUUCUACGCAGAUCUGCUUAGCAAAGAGAACAACUGGUCAAAGGCUACUUAUGUAUUUAUGAAAGCUGCCUACCUCAGCAUGUUUGGGCCAAAAGAUUAUAAACCUUUUGGAGACAAUGAAGUUGAGCUAUUUAGGGCUGUGCCUAGUCUGAAAUUGAAAAUAGCAGGGAAAUCCUUGCCUACCGAAAAGUUUGCAAUUCGGAAAUCCCGGAGGUACCUUUCCCCAAAUCCUGUUCCACUUCCUGUGCCUGUUUUGGAAAUGAUGUACAUCUGGAAUGGUUAUGCAGUGAUUGGAAAGUGCCCAAAUUUAACUGAAAACAUGUUGGAGUCCUUAGCAGAUGCAGAAACAAUCCUGGAAAAAAGCCCAGCUACCGAUAUUCUCAUUGAUGACCAUUGCGUGAUAAAGCUUCUGAAAGGGCUAUGCUUGAAAUAUCUUGGCAAGGUAUCGGAAGCAGAAGAUCACUUUACUUAUAUUCAUUUCAAUGAAAAGAAGAUCAAGUAUGAUCAUUACUUAAUUCCAAAUGCGCUGCUUGAACUUGCUUUAUUAUAUCUGGAUCAAGGUAAAAUAGAAGAAGCAAUUAAGAUCCUGGAAAGAGCAAAGCAAAAUUACAAGAAUUAUUCCAUGGAAACAAGGACACACUUCAGAAUUCAAGCUGCUUUGCAUCAAGCCAGAUCUUUCCCAGAUGAUGAUGAUCAUUCUAUAGCAACUGUGGUUUUGUAAUGUUAUUGUUUUUUUAAAUCAGUAGUUCAUUUGUUGUACAAAUCUUCACAGAUGGAUAUUACCGGCAAUAUUUUAAAAUGUUUUCCAUGUUCACAUUCAGCACAAAUGUUUUUAAUUUUAAAAAUCCUGAGGAAUCAACACUAAAAAGCAGUAUUUCUUUAAUUACCCUUGUAUGCCAUUUUCAGCUAGUUAUAAGCAUUUUGAAAUAUAGCUGUCAGAGAAUAAUACAACAUAAACUAGUAGAAGUUUGAAGACUUUCUGCUCACACCUUGAUCAGAUUCAGAUGGCUGUUAAUUUUUAAAAGUACUAAUUAAAUGGAUCUUGUUUUCUUGAUAAUAAAAUAACUGUUAAAUUGCUUAUUUAAAUAGAACAAUGUGUAGUCCUACAAGCUUGCUUAUCACAAUUAAAUAGUUGAAAAAAGUAGAACCUCCCUCCCACUUUUCAGCUGUUCUUUAAUACAAGGGCCCCCAAACCUGGCAACUUUAAGACUUGUGGACUUCAACUCCCAGAAUUCCCCAAUCAACCAUGCUUUAAUUAAUAUGUAAGUUGUCCUGAUGUGGCAAAAAAAUCAAGCUGUGUAAUAUUGUUUUGCCAGUUUGACCAGUUACUAAGAAUUUUAGGAUAAAUAUUAUUAGAAUAAUUGAAGAACUAGAGCAAACAAUCCUGAACCAGUUUCUGGAACAAAACCCAAGUUUAAAGUAUUUGAAAAGAAUUAAAUUAUUAAAACUUUUAA